AUGGGGUCUACACUUAAAGAAACAUUUUCUGUUGAAGAAGUUGUGAAUUGGCUGGAUUUAAAUGGUUUUCAAGACAUCAGCCAAACGUUUUGUGACGAGGGCAUUGAUGGCGAUGCAAUGUCCUGCUUGACGGAAGAUGCCUUAAAAUCAUUGGUUGUCAGGAUUGGCCCCAGGAUGAAGUUAUUGAAAGCCAUCAAACAAAUGAACACUAGAUGCUCGACUUCUACAUCUGAGUCUGCUAGUGACUUAUCUACAUGUGAUAUGCUGGCAAAGUGGCAAGACUCCAAUUCUCAAGGAAAUGCAUCAAAUCCUGGUGGGCAAUCUGGUGUGUGUGAAUCACUAUCAAGUGCAAGCAGUGACAACUCAGUAGCAAAAGGCAGAAAACAAUGGACAUCGCCGUUUGUUCUUCCUGACUAUUUCCGCCUUUGCAACUUUCUCUUGAUUUUAUCCUGCUGUGGUUUCUCCACUCCAGACCAAAGGCGAGAUGUUUGUCGUGCAAUAAUUGCAAAAUACCCUUUUCUUUCUGAUGCAAGUGGUGGCUAUGAAAUUUGGUAUCGGUACCUUGGUGAGAAAGUUAAGAAUGAAUUAAGACAUGAAAGAGCAGACCCUGUUGUCCUAUCUAGAAAAAGAAAAAAUGUUGAUGGCAGUCCAGCUGCAACUAAAAUCAGAGCAGCUGUUCGACGAGGAAUUGUGAACUGGGCACCUCCACCAAUAGAUGGCGAGGACGAUGUCUGUUCCCAAGCACAUGUUUAA